CUUUGGACCAUUGCUGGCGGCUUUGGACAUUCAAACUCAUCGUGAAUGUCAGACCGAACAUCUGAAGGUUGAUGUGGGGAAGGGCGUUCCUGGCUUAGGGCCUCUUGCGAAUCACACUGGUGAAUCUGGAUGCCACGACCCUGGCACGCUUUUGGUGAGCCCCCGCAACGCUCCAAUAGGUAACGGCGCGAUCAGCAUGACAGACUUCCAUCUUUUGAGACUUGCUCGCGAACAGCCCACUACGAUAUAACACAAGCCUGUCGACGUUUGCCUCUCUAGUUCAACUUCUCGACAUACUCGCCCGCUGAAACUAUUAAUGGCGAUCCUGCCCACUGUGCAAGAAUUUCCGACAUUUGAGAUUACCUACAAAUGGCUAGUCCAUAAACUGUCUCGGUGCAUCUGGUACCUUCCAAACAAGAGGAGAUAUUUUCUGAUUCAGAUAAAUGAGGAAGAGAGUAGCUUGGUGCUCGAGCUCGUAAACAAGCUGAUACAGGGAAGAUCUUUCACUGUGGAAAAACUGGCAGAAAUAGCGGAGCGCAGCUGCUGUACUCGUCACCAUCGCAACAAGAUAUGGGGCAGCGGGCUCGCGGAUAGCUUGGCACAUCAAUGGCAGCACGAAAUACCCGGUUACAUGACUUCGGCAUCCUCUAGGAGUACACAGAUUAUCAAGAUCGAACAUUUAUCCCUACCAAACUCUAGCAGUAGCCGUCAACAAAGGAAGUCUGUCGUUAUAGACGAAGCACUGGACUAUAGACAGGGGCGUAACUCCUCGAAGCCAGCCACAUUUUCGAAGCAUGUCGUUUUUGAAGGGGAGACAUUGGAUACAGCCUUGCUCUCUGUGAUCGAGCCUUCAGCAAGCAAAGUAGGAUCUGUGUACAUUUUCACUUAUACACAUGAUGCCUUCCAGGGCAUGAUCAAGAUCGGUUACACAAGCAGACCCGUCAUGCGACGUUUGAGUGACUGGAUUGAUUGCGGUUACGGUGAACCCGAGCUUCUGAGUUACCGCGACGAUGUACGCCAUCCGGAACGGGUUGAACUUUUAACUCAUUUUCAGCUGGCGAAGCACUGGUAUGCUAUGAGAUGGUGCGAACGUCAUUGCCAGGCUCAUAUCGAGUGGUUUAUGAUCGAUGUUAGCACCGCCUCUCAAGUUGUUCAAUAUUGGUCUUCAUGGAUACAGCGUUCCAACCCUUAUGAUAGGCGCGGGGUCCUGAAGGUUUUCUGGCAAGGUAUCAUUGAGUUCUUGGCUGCUUAUGAGGUCUGCAUCACGGCAGAGUUGAUGCUGCAGAUCCAAGAGGUAGAAGAAGGAUCAUUUGAUAUCAAAGAUUUUCUUGAUGACGAUAUGCUGCGUAAAGAGCACGCGAAGCAGGGGCAUGACGAUGGUCUGUAUGGAGCAGAAGCGAUUAUCGCGAGAGAUUGCGGCCAUUCAAACUUCGCACAUAAGAUAAAGUCUGAGAAUAAACAGUGAUGCUCAAGUUAUUAGCCUAUUUCACAAAAGCAACUGGAUGCCUAACACAGCAUCCGGUAAUUUCAUCUCCUAUGUUAGAACAAAUCCGAUCAUUCACCAUUGCCUUAGAA